AUGAAGUUCGCCGCUCUUCUCUCUCUUGCCGGUAUGGCUCAGGCCAUCACCAUCGGCGUGUUCGAGAACCAAAAGAACGGCGGUGGCCAGUUCAAGGCUUUUGACACCCCCCACGCCACCUGCAGAAACCUUCUGGGAAACGACGCUUUCUGGAAUGACCGCAUUAGCUACAUCCAGAUCCCUCCUAACGUGUGGUGCCAGUUCUGGGACGAUGCCAACUGCAAGGGAGCUAGCUUGGUCGUUCCCACGAGCAGUGGUGGAGUUGAUGCCAACAUCCCCGCCAACCACAAUGACAAGAUCACCUCGUUUGCUUGUUACAACAAGUAG